UGUUUGUGCGUCGCUGAGAGCACUUUCCCCUCUCUCGCUCCCACGAUAUCGCUGCGAUCAUUCAUUCUCCAAAGGUGCGGACGGAGUACGACGGCCGGUGAACGGUGGCCGGCGGCGCCGCGGCACCAGCAAUCAGAUUCCCUUUGCCGUCUUUCUUUUUUCUCCCCAUGGAAAUGGCAACGUCAAGCACACUCCACUUUCCCCUCUCAAAAUUUCCAGCUCGAUGUUGUGGAGGAUAUGCUGAAUGCCGCAUCUCGGCAAGUCGAGUCUUAUAUAACAAGGCACAAGUUUCCGUAUCCAGCACUCGAUUGCUCUCGCUCUGGAGGAAGUCGGUGCUGUUUCCCCGGCGCUUGCCACCAAACUCCGGCCUUAGAUUCUAUACUCAUUGUUUGGAUGAGUCCAAGGGUAGCUAUUUGAACGAUGAUGCAGUGCAAGUCCAAGCUUUCCAGUUUGAGCCUCUUUCAGUGAAAUUGGCUGGAGGAAUCGACCAGACUGAUGCCUCCACAGCCAGGCCCAAGAGGUUCAAAAAUAGGUUAUUGAAUUUGACUCGAUUGAGUUCCAUGGUUGAUGGUGCUGCUGAGUCUUUUUUCAAGAGUGAGAUCCGACGGAGGCUCUUUGUGACGGCUGUGCUGAUUCUGAUUAGUCGCAUUGGCUACUUCAUCCCAUUGCCAGGCUAUGAUCGCAGAAUGAUACCAGAAAGUUACCUUAGCUUUGCUUCUGGCUCGGCAGAUAACCUUGGUGAUUUAACAGCUGAGCUGAAGCUAUCACUAUUCCAGCUUGGUAUCAGCCAUCAAAUUGCAGCAUCAAUACUUAUGCAGGUUCUUUGCCACAUUGUUCCUUCUCUAAUAAAGCUACGGAAAGAAGGUUUGGAUGGCCAUGAGAAGAUUAAAGGCUAUAUAUGGUGGGCCUCAUUGGGCUUUGCAAUACUAGGGGCUAUUACUGUCUCUUGUUAUUCACUUCAAUAUUCGAUAUAUGCUGCUAGCCACAGAUUCAAACAUGUUGUUGUGACAUGCUUCUUGUUGGUUUUUGGUGCAAUGUCUAUGACAUGGAUCUGCGAUACAAUAUCAGAAUCUGGAUUUGGUCAUGGUUCUUCAUUAAUAAUUUGUGCGGGCAUAUUGACUGGCUAUACAGAUACAUUGUAUAAGAUGUUGUCACAGUUUGCAGGAAAUGUGGCGAGCUGGUGGCCCUACAUAUUUGCAGUACUUGGAAUUUUCACAAUUGUCACUAUGUGGGCUGUUCUUGUUACUGAAGGUUGUAGGAAGAUCAAAUUGCAGUAUUAUGCUUUUAAAAUGGCUUCUGCCGCACGAAAUGGGGGGUCCCCAGUUACGGAGGUGGAGCCAUAUAUCCCUUUUAACAUUAACCCUACAGGAAUGCAGCCUGUUCUCACCACAACCUAUCUAUUGGCUUUCCCUAGUGUUAUGGCCGGCAUUUUUGGAUCGCCAUUUUGGGAAAACCUAAAGGAGAUACUGAACCCUGAGAACUCUAUUGGUGCAGAGCCAUGGGUCUAUUAUUCAAUUUAUGCAUUUUUUGUAUUUCUAUUCAACAUAUUUGACAUUGCAAACUUACCCAAGGAGAUCGCUGAUUACAUGACAAAGAUGGGUGCUAGAAUACCAAACAUAAAGCCUGGAAAGGCAACGAUAGAAUAUUUAACAAAAAUUCAAGCUUCAACACGUUUCUGGGGUGGAUUGCUACUAAGUGUAUUAGCUACCUCCUCUACUUUGCUUGAUCAUUAUCUACAACGAAUUAAUGAGGGAUUUGCAGUGGGAUUUACAUCAGUCCUGAUCAUUGUGGGCUCGAUUAUAGAGUUGAGAAGAUCUUAUCAGGCAUACAACGUAAUGCCAUCCCUCAGCAAGGUUUUGAGGAGAUAUGGUGCUUAGGACAUGAGAAGUGGAUAGGUGCCGGAAUGAGGUGAUACUUGAAGCAUUGCAGUAUUUUUCAGCAGAGGAAAUUUAGGCCCUUGGAAGCAACAAUCUUGCUCGGCAAGUUCAAGCUACCGUUGCCAUACGGAUGCCCUUCAACUUCUAUUUGCCAGAAACAGAGUUGUAAGCAUCAUUGAUUAGAUGAGAAGGAAUGUUCAAGAUGCAGCAGAAUCUGGGGUUUCUUUUGUUGAGCAUCCAUGAUGAGCUAUGACUUCAACAUGAUACACAAUUGUGCCAAGUAUAAAGGAUUUUAUUGUGGGAUUUGUUAGAAGCAUUUGCAAACCUGGUAAUAAUUUCUUGUCUUCAUUGUUUUUGUGCACUAGUGUCUUUGUAACAUAUAUUAUUUUCCUGAGUAGGAAUUGCUUUGUAAGUAUCAAAAAAUGUAUGACUGUUGCGAUUGAGGUGAAGAGGAAAAUGCCAUAACACCAGAAGCUGUACUCUUUAUUGAA